AUGACCAUCACCAGUGUCACGCGCAACGAGCUCUGGCGGCACCCGGACCCCACCUCGACUCCCAUGUGGGCGUUUCUUCUCCGGGUGAAUCAAAAGUAUGGACUCGAACUGGCAGACUACCCCGGUCUCUACAAGUGGUCCGUCGAAAACGUGGCAGAGUUCUGGGAGGAGGUCUGGCAUUCUGUGGGCAUCACCGCCUCUAAGCCGUUCGACAAGGUCCUGCCGUUCAAUGCGCCCAUGUACCCGCGUCCAGACUUCUUCUCAGGAGCCCGUCUCAACUUUGCCGAGAACCUGCUCUUCCCCGCCAACGUCGCUGUCGACCCCACAUCCGUCGCAGCCAUCACCACCACCGAACUCGGCCCCUCCGUCUCCACAACAUGGGCCGAGCUCCGAGACGCCGUCCGCCGAUGCGCCGCCGGCCUCCGGGCUCACGGCGUUAAGCCUAACGAUAUUGUUGCCGGCUUCGUAUCCAACCACGUCCAGGCCAUCAUUGCCGCUCUCGCUGCUGCCUCUGUAGGCGCCAUCUGGACUGGCAUUAGCCCCGACAACGGUGUCAGCGCAGUGUUGGACCGUCUUGCGCAGAUCGGGCCCAAGGUCCUCUUCGCCGACAACGGCACCGUGUACAACGGCAAGGAGUGGAGCAGUACCGACAAGACGGAGGAGAUCGUCAAGGCCCUGAUGCCUGAGGGCCUCGAGCUCGUGAUUGUCAUCAACAAUGUGGCAUGCGACCUUGCCAUUGACGGCCUGAGAGCAACAGGCGUUGUAGUUGAUGAGUACGAGUCGUUCCUCCAAAGCUCUCCCGAUGAGCCUCUCAAUUUUGAGCAGCUUCCGCCUUCACAUCCUCUCUACAUCCUCUACUCCAGCGGCACCACCGGCCUGCCAAAGGCCAUCGUCCACACCGCCCUCGGCACCCUCAUCCAGCACAAGAAGGAACACGCCCUCCACGGCUCCCUCACCGCCAAGUCCCGCAUGCUCUACUACACCACAACCUCGUGGAUGAUGUGGCACUGGUCCGUCUCCGCCCUCGCCGUCGGCGCCACUCUCGUCCUCUACUCGGGCUCCCCCUUCAAACCCCACGGCCACCUCUCCCUCCCCCGCCUCCUCUCCGACCUUCGCGUCACCCACUUCGGCACCUCGGCCGCCUACCUCACCGCCCUCGAGGCCAACGCAGUCUACCCCGUAAACGAGCCCGGCAUCGACCUCUCCGCCCUCGAGGCAAUCUACUCCACCGCCAGCCCCCUUCCGCCCUCCACCUUCUCCUUCGUCUACAAGGCCUUCCCCGCCAAAGUCAACCUCGCCUCCAUCACAGGCGGCACAGACAUCAUCUCCCUCUUCGGCGCCCCCUGCCCCCUCCUCCCCGUCCGCGUCGGCGAGAUCCAGUGCGCGGGCCUCGGCAUGGCCAUCCGCGCCGUCGACUCCCUCUCGGGCGACCCCCUCCCGGACCCAACCCACCCAGGCGACCUCAUCUGCAUCCGCCCCUUCCCCUGCCAGCCCCUCACCUUCUUCGGCACCGGAGGCGACAACAAAUACAAAGCCGCCUAUUUCGAGCGCUUCGCCGACGUCUGCGGCGUGCAGGGCGCGGUAUGGCACCACGGCGACUUCAUCAAGAUCCCCAACCCGGCCACGGGCUCGCUCGUCAUGCUCGGUCGCUCCGACGGCGUCCUCAAGCCCGCGGGCGUGCGCUUCGGGUCCGCGGAGAUUUACAACAUCCUGACGCGCUUCUUCGCCGCCGAGGUGGAGGAUGCCGUCUGCGUCGGGCGCCGGCGCGCCGCGGACGCCGACGAGACGGUGUGUCUGUUCGUCGUUCCCGUCGCGGGCCGCGCGUUCGACGACGAGCUGAGGGGCAAGAUUAAGAGCGUGAUUCGGAGGGAGUUGAGCCCCAGGCAUGUUCCCGGUGUUAUUGAAGAGGCCGGCGGCGGGAUCCCCAAGACGGGGAACGGGAAGAAGAUCGAAGUUGCCGUCAAGCAGAUCCUUUCCGGCAUGGACGUCAAGACCAACGCCAGCGUCGCCAACCCCGAGGCCCUGGAGUGGUUCCGCGCGUGGGCCGAGACGCACUAG